UAAAAAAAUUGAAUGAAAAUAAUGAAGAAAAUAGUGAACAAGAAUCUUGCAAUUCGGAUAAACCUAAUAAAAGCGAUGAAAAUGAGAAAUGGAAGUCUUACGAAUCUAAGGAAUAUGAAAGCA